CUCCACAGGCAACAGAUAAACAUAUGUAUGGGAGGGGACCCUAUUUGUGGCUGUAACCCGCGGAUUGCGCUGUAAUGUCAGCCUUCAAUCUCAACGAUUAUUCCAGCUGAUUACUUUCUGAUCUGAGAGUUGGGAAAAUUUGUUGCAUUGGACCAUGACGAUCGACGAAGAGGAAGACAUGCCAGGCACCGGGGCCGUAUGCACUUUCGGAAAGACGAGGUUUGCGGGCAACGCGCCCGGCUUGUUCUGGGUGAAGAACGACCCCGUCAUACAGAUUGCUUGUGGCGACGAACACUCCGUCUUCUUCACAGCAAGUGGACAGGUGUUCAGCUUUGGCAGCAACGAGUACGGGCAGCUCGGUCAAGGUCACACAAAGACCGUAUCUCGGCCCAGGUGUAUCAAGGCAUUAAGGAACAAGCGUGCUGUGUUUGCAGCUUGCGGCAGAGCACACACAUUAAUAGCGACCGAUGACUCGAAGGUGUACGGCUUUGGCAUGAACACGGAGCACCAGCUUGGUCUCAAUUCCAAGGAAGACCAACACGUCGAUCCUGUCGUAAUAGAACAACUCAACAAUUUACAAAUCAAGCAACUGACUGCUGGUGCCGAGCACUCCGUGGCUCUCACAGACAAAGGAACGGCUUAUGUUUGGGGAGGCGGCAAAGAAGGUCAGCUGGGACUCGGAAGCAAGAACAACGCCCCGGUGCCGUUGGAACUCAAGGUCGACAUCAGAAUCAUGUGCGUUUCCGCAGGGUACUAUCACACCGCAAUUGUUUCGGUCGACGGCAUCCUCUACACGUUCGGUGAGCGAGACGGUGGGAAAUUGGGCCUGCCUAAAUCUCUCUGCUGCAAGAGGUACAACAAACCGACGGAGGUGUCGACGAUACCGGGGAAGGUGGUGUCUGUCUCCUGCGGAGGAAUGCACUCCCUGGCACUUACAGCGGAAGGCAAGGUCUACGCAUUUGGAGAUGGGAAAAAUGGGCAGCUGGGCCUUGGAAACAAGACUUUGCAGACGACAAAACCGCAGCAGGUGACAUUUUCAGACGAUGCCAGGGUAGCGAAGGUGGUUUGCGGAGAGAGCCAUUCUGCUUUUUUUACCGAAAAGCGUCAGCUCUUCAUCUGCGGAGAUGCUCGGCAUGGCAAGCUAGCCCUACAGUCCGACGACUCUUCCGCCAAUCAGUUCACUCCGGCACUCGUGGACCAGCUUCUCGCUUACCAAGUCCAACAAGUGUCUUGUGGUGGCUGCCACACUCUCAUCCUGGUGGUUCCCAGUUCAGAACAAGUCGACGUCGCAAAUAACGCUGGAGGUGCAGGUGACGUCUCGCUGGCUCGGCUAAAAAGGAGACACAGAAAGGCAACUCUCAUUGAGCACGAUGAUGACAGUGACGGCUGCGAAGAAGAUGCAAAGGUAACAGCCAGAGUGUUGUCGGAUACGGCGGCGAGUCGGCCACACGCGACUCCGCUGCUCCAGGAAGCCGAGACGGACACGAGCAUACGUCACGUCGACAGCGAUGUCAGCGAUGAAGACGAAUCGGAAAUGUCCGUCCUCAACAAGACACAAAUUAUCGAGCACAUCGGUUCGAGAGAACUCUUGGCCUCGUCUCCGGCUGGAGCGGAGCCGUUGAAGAAGGAUGGGUUCUCUAAGACGAGCGAGGCAUUGUUCCGGAACGGCGACAAAGCAAAGAUGAAACUGAACGGUCCGAAGGACGACGCUAAAGAAAAGGUGACGACCGUUGUGAAAAAGACAACCACUCACGUGACAAAGGUCGUAGAAACGCCCAACAAGAAGGUGACGGAAAUUUCCACGACCGUAGUAGAGACGCCCAAGAAAAAAUUGGCGGAGAAGCCGGUAGACACGAGUGACGUCGAGGACAAGUCGGAGGAAGCAUCCAAACUGAUUUCGUCGGAAGCGGACACGCCAAGGAAGAAAGGAGCUUCUGGAGGUAAACGUGCAAAGAAAAAGAAGAAAGGAGCUGAUAGCGACAAGGAAGGUGAAGGUGACAACCAAGAUGCAAAAGGAGAGUCGAAAUCAUCCGCUUGCAGUGUCAUGUGAACCUCCCAGAAGAGGUGGAUACUUCUUCGCUUUCAACUGUGCAGAGCCUUGUAUCUUUAUUUUUACACGCUAUGUGCAUUUUAAUGCUCGCUGCUUCUGUAGAUUUACAUUUUUUGGGCAGCUACCGCACUGACGUCUGUUGACACUGCGCUCAACGGUGCAGCAUCGACGAACAGGUUACUAUGGCGUCAGAAGAAAUUCCCACCAUGUUCAAUACCUUUGGAGAUAUAUUUUGAUGAGCUUGUUGUUGCACGUUUUAUGUACAUCUGUGAAGCUCUGUUUUUUGCUCUAUGUUUUCUUUUUUUUUGUUGUUGUUGUUGUUGUUGAGUACAUAGAUGACUCUCACAAAGGAGCAACACCUCCACAAAUCUCAGCAACCAUAGCUUUGAAAGACAGCACGUUGCGGAAAUGCUACAGGAUGCUACAGUUGGGAUGACAGCAGCAUAUUACCCGGUAUGGUACAUCGUAUUGUUCAUGGUACGGUUUGUUGCGCGGUGUGUAGCGUAUCGUAUGGCAGGGUGCCUUGCGGCGUUCACGGUACAAUUUGCUGCGCAGUACACAGUACAUUGUGUAGCACAGUAUGCGGCAAGAUACCCUGUGCUGUUUGUGGUAACGGUUAUUUUAUCCAGUACACGGUACGCUGCAUACCGUAAUACCUGGUAAGGCACUUUGUACUGUUUGUGGUAUGGCUCAUUGUACAUAUCACAGUACAUGCUAAGGAGCCCCGUGCUGUCUGCGGCACCAUUCACUGUGCUGUACAUAGUCCAGCUGAAAGAGAGUCCAUUUUAGAUGCAACACUUAUUUUUUAGAGAUACUGGUACACAAUUAUUACAUCCGCUGUCCAACGUCUGCAACACAAGGCCAUGUUGCUUUUACAACGCAAUAUUCAAGCCCGGUAUUUAAAAUAAAGUUUGAGGAAACUAUACUUGAGCCACCACAGUGAAAGACGUUUCAGGGAAUAUCCUCUACUGUGGGACUUUAGCGUAUAUUUCAGAAGAAAAAAAAAAAAAAAAGAGAAUCACAAUUGCCUUUCACACAGGUAAAUCCGUGCCCUAGAUUCUUCGUUAAAACACUGCCAAAAAAAAAGAGAGAGUAUUGUCUUGAGAAAGGUGUUGACCGUCCCAUCCGAGUGACAUAGCGUGUUGUUGUACUCUGUGUGAGAACAAAGUUAUUUGGUAGCUAUUCUCGCUUUGUAAAUACAUUGAACUCAAUUGUAGUUUUUCUUGGCCACCAUUGUCCAAUCUCCCGUUUCCAUGGCCUCGCUUCGAUGAGCUCUCUACUAUCGGGGGGGAACUGUGAAAACAGCAUUGGACCAGUCGACCGUCACUGGUGGUCGGCUGUAGUUAUGGUAAUGUUUAUAUCGCCUGUCAGAACAACGGCCCAAGUGCAAUGAAAGCAGCCCCGGGAAAUCAUUCAGGUAAGUCUCAGAUAAGCAGUCUUCUUUCAUUACACUUCAGCCGUUUUUUGUUUUGUUUUUUUUUUCCGCACGUGUUGUCAGCAAGGGAUACCAUUCCAGCAGUCACGUCCAUCCCCAAAAUGACAGUCGACCGGUCCAACGCUGUUCUCGCUGUUCCCAGAUAGUCGAGCACUUAUCUGAGUGAGGCCACGGAAACUGGAGAUUGCUUAACAGUGGCCACGACAGUGCUUGCCUUGAUACGUGCUUGUGGAAGAAUGCAAUAGUUUCUAACAUUCAAAGCAACUGCAUGCACUGCUGCCUUGCAACAAACGCUGCCUCAACAUUAUUUUGUAGAUCAGAUGUUGUAGUGCAACUGGAGCGAUAAGGUACUGUUCUUGACCCUCGAAACCUAAAAAAAACCCGCUGAGAAGCGCAACCGUCAGGUAUAUCCGUUAGAAAUGCAAAACGCGUGUAAUGGCAGCUCCUGGCAAGUGCUAGUACCGUAGAAAUGAACGUUCACGCGCGUGAAUAAGUACAAUCAAAUUUUAUAGAACGUGCUUUGAGCUAGAUCUGAUGCACUAGGGGCUGCUGAGUCGAUUCCAGUCGUACGUACGAUUCAUAUUUUGCUACAUGUUUAUGCGCAUGAACACACACAUGCAGAUACAGGUACUCAUCUUUCAAGUUCAGCUUUCUGCUUUAAAAGAAACCAAAGAUCUUGCUCCCAAUAAUAUUUUGCUGCUAAUAUGCCAUUUUGGCGAAUGUCUUUCAAAAUGUAGGGAGUUAUCUCACCUCUGUAGGGCCCUUAGACAAAUCAUGUUAGCCGUGGUGGCUUUUGACAUCUGUCUGCUUUGAGGACUCUUUAACGUUGAACAAAAAAGUGGUUUAUUGCACGUGUGCUGCCAAAUGCGUUUGUGUAUCCACGUAGUAGUGUGCUCAGAGUUGCACAUUUGAUGUGUCAGAUGAAAUGUUUUACUUCGAUAAGAAAGUGGCAUUUGAGACAGCACGAAGUUAACGUACGAAUUUGCAGCCUUUCACACGACAGUGUCUGUCAGACUUGCAUGACUAUAUUCCAUGGGCGCAAACCGUUAGACAUGCCAUAUGUAUUCUUUUCCGCGCACGGAUACAUCAUAGGCGUAGAUUAGACGUUCUGCCGUUGUAGGUAUGUUAACGUGAUACUUUUCAUUUUCAUUGACAGGUGGCAUCCUCCCACGUGUCUUAUAUUGGUGCUUGAUAUACAUAACUUGUGCAGUUGUGUGAAAGAUUAGCCAUUAAAAGCCAGUAAACAAAAUGAUAAAUAACUCAUCAGGGUCUUUAAAAGCGUCACGUGAAGUGAAGCAUAUCUGCUAUGAGAUCUUAUAUUUGAAUAUUCUUUUCUUCUGUUUUCCCUGUCUUUUCCAUUGUGUUGUCCCGCAUCCUGGUUGUGAAAAAAGUAUUUCUCGGGUUAUGUAGCCUCAUUUAUUUUGUAAUUUGUUUGCACGUUAGAUUAGAAAAUAACUUGCGGAACCUAUUAAAUAUAAUCGAGCAACUACAGUGAAGAUGUUAUACUACAUACAUCUAAUUGCGAGCGUUCAUGGUGAUGACAUCAGAAUUUGUUAACUAAUAGAACAGAGCUUGCGAUAGAAGUUAUGAGUGAUAACAAGAUAGAAGGACCGUCCUAAUAUGUUGAAAGUCCCAGCAAUAAGUGAUGUGCUACGACUGUACUGUACAAGAAAGAGGUGAUCCGUUGACAGGUGGUUUCUGCCGCUGCUUUGAUUGUCUAACCUUGGAAGCUAGACGUAUCUUUAGAAGCUUACUUUUCGCUGCAGUACUCCAUCACGAUUGACGUUGCCUUCUAGCAGAUCACGUCACACUUAGCCUCAUCAACAGUCAAGGACCAACGUUUCUCAGAAUUUUUGAAUCCUGCAUCGUCAGAUAGAGAAAAAUUGCUGCUCGCCUGUCAGUAUACCGUUGUAACUGUGUAGUUAAUCUAGUGUGCCUCAUGAACAGUGUCGCAAUUUGUGUCUUACUGCAGCAUUUUAGGAAUGUAUGCAAUAAUGUUAAUUGCUUAGACAUUUACUGGUGGGCUUGAUAUUACGCAGUACAUAAUGCGAGUAUUACAUUUUAAAAAAUUUGUUUUGAGCCUCGCUUAUUUACAUUGCCACUUCAGUAUGUCGUGCAUAUUUCUUUAUACAUUAUAAAACCACAUUUAUGUGUAGGCUACCUUGUACCUAUUAAGAGCCUUUACAUUGUUUUCACCAUGUAAUGAGUUGAAAUCUCUUGGAGUCUGCACCUGUAACCCUUGUGUUCGAGCUUACAUGUCUUAGUCGUUGUGGCUUUCUUUUUAUUUGUCUAGUGUAUUGUGCGCUCCUUGCACUAGAGUAGAUUAUGUGUGACCUUUAUUUUUGCAAGAUGGAUGUGUGGUUUUCUAUGUGCUGGCUUGAAUAGAACCUGUCUAUAUAGUGCUCAGAUUGGAAAAUAUGUGUAUGAGCAGACAAACUAAAUAUAUUUAUAGAAUUAUGAAAUGGUGCCUCAAGCAGCCCAAUUCUGUGGAAGUCGACUUUUUCGCAAGUUACGUGUACUACGCACUGUUAAUUAUAUUUUACAAAUGGCAUUUAGAGCAAAGCUGGAAUCUGCAUGGAAGCUUUAUCUCUGUGGUGGGGCUUUGCUAUGUAUCUAUUCGAUUCGGUCGCGCUUUUAUCACGAAAUAAAUGUUUUAACAUUA